CUUUUGUUGCAGAAUCUGAGGAAAUAUAAUCAUUACCAAAAUCGACAACUUUCUUCACUCUAUACCACAUUGUUCCUCCAACAUUUUCCUCCGACAAUUUCGAUAUAAUCAGAACAAGUGUUUUUCUGAACUGUGUUCCUAUGUCAUCCACAAGACAAAACAACAACAAUAGGAUGAUGAGUCCAAACGUUGUUGUUCCCAAACAUAGUAGUAAGAUUUUUGUUGGAGGAUUGGCUUGGAAAACCAAAACAGACACACUGAAAACCUAUUUUGAUCAGUUCGGUGAGAUUCUUGAAGCUGUUGUCAUCAUUGACAGAAACACCGGAAAAUCAAAAGGAUAUGGCUUUGUUACUUUCAAGGAUCCAAAUUCUGCCAUAAUAGCUUGCCAGAAUCCUAAUCCUGUGAUUGAUGGAAGAAGAACUAAUUGUAAUCCUGCAUUUCAAAAAUCUAAUCCAUCAUCAUCAACAGGAAGACAGAAGUUCAAUAGUCCUUCAUGGAAUAAUGCACCAUUACGAUUUUCAAGCUCCUUGAAUUAUUACAAUCAACAUGUUCCUCAAUAUGCAUAUCCUUAUCCAGUUUCCAGGUACUCUUACCCGGGCUAUCUUCGUCCACAAGACAUUUAUGAAAUGAACUAUCCUAAUGUAUAUGGUGGACCACAAUUUCCAGUUCCAUUGUAUCCACCAUAUUACCAACCAUUUUAUGGCUACACUAAGCAUUUAGUUCCAACAUCAUAUGUGAAAAAGACGCAAUUCCCUGAACCUAUUACUACCACUGGAGCAAUCACAGAAACAGUAGCUGCAACAAGAGAUCAAACAUCUUCAGUUUAAAUAGGAGUUUCCAUCGGUUAAUGACAAUGUUUAAUAAAGUGUAAAGUUCUGAGAAAAUGUUCAAUGAUUUGGUUUAGCAAAUUAACUAUAGAUGAAAUAGAUGAUUUUAUGAAAUAAAUCAGAAUUUCUUCAUUUUCUUUAAAA